GCAGCUUCCUCUAUCGCAGGGAACACUGAAUGAUGACUGGGAAUGAGAAAUCUUGGGCCGAAGAUCGAGGGAUCUGUCGGAUUGAUAUUCGUUCGCAAAAUACCGAAUGGAACGCUUCGCUCAAGUCAAGUUGGCCCUUUUCUUUUUUUCUUUUUCUCUCUUUUUCUAUUUUAUUUUUUUUUCCUCCUUCCUUUCGCUUUACCCACACCCACGCCUUCUUUCUCCGUUUCUAGCCUGACCUCCUUUACGUCCAAUGUAUGACCCUUGUAGGUAUGCGGCGGAAUUGUCUGCAGAACGGCAUUGCGCACAAGCCCUGAUAGCUCCUAGUUACCAAAUUAAGCUUGAAGACGAAUACCACUUUUGCCACGAGUUUGUUGUGCAAUUCAGGUCCAUGUCAGGGCCCAAAAAAACAAAGCAUAAUAAAA